CAGGAGUGUGUGCUCCUCUGUGUGCGAUCGCCAGCGCAGGAGGCAUGGCUCUCACCGAGGAACCCCAGUCCCUUGUGGAGGACAGUGGGGACGAGCGGCCCAAGUGGGACAACAAGUUCCAGUACCUUCUGAGCUGCAUCGGGUUCGCUGUGGGGCUGGGGAACAUCUGGCGCUUCCCAUACCUGUGCCAGACCUAUGGCGGAGGUGCCUUCCUCAUCCCUUACCUCAUCGCCCUGGUGUUUGAGGGGAUCCCGCUCUUCCACAUCGAGCUGGCCAUUGGCCAGCGCCUGCGCAGGGGCAGCAUCGGGGUGUGGACAGCCAUCUCUCCCUACCUCGGAGGAGUAGUGUCCGCAGGGCUGGGCUGCUUCACCGUGUCCUUCCUGGUCAGCCUGUACUACAACACCAUCCUGAUGUGGGUCCUCUGGUACUUCCUCAACUCCUUCCAGAACCCACUGCCCUGGAGCAGCUGCCCACCCGAUCGCAACAGGACAGGGUUCGUGGACGAGUGCCAGGGCAGUGGUGUGGUGAGCUACUUCUGGUACCGGCAGACGCUGAACAUCUCAGCCGACAUCGGCGACAGCGGAGCCCUGCAGUGGCGGCUGCUCAUGUGCCUGGCAGCCUGCUGGGUGGUUGUGUACCUGUGUGUCAUCAGAGGCAUUGAGUCCUCGGGAAAGGUCAUUUAUUUCACCGCCCUUUUCCCGUACCUGGUCCUGACCCUCUUCCUCAUCCGGGGACUCACCCUGCCCGGGGCCAAGGAGGGCCUGCUCUACCUCUUCACCCCUAACCUGGAGAUCCUCCGGAACCCGAGGGUGUGGCUGGACGCAGCCACUCAGAUCUUCUUCUCUCUGUCCUUGGCCUUUGGAGGACACAUCGCCUUUGCAAGUUACAACCCGCCCAGGAACGACUGUGAGAAGGACGCUGUGAUUAUCGCCCUGGUGAACAGCAUGACCUCCCUCUAUGCCUCCAUCACGGUCUUCUCCGUCGUGGGCUUCAAGGCGACCAACGAUUACGAGAAGUGCCUGGACAGGAACAUCCUCAGCCUCAUCAACGCCUUUGAGCUUCCCGACCAGAGCGUCUCCCGAGACGACUACCCAGCCGUGCUGGCCGACCUGAACGCCACCCAGCCCGCGCGCGUGGCCCGCCUGCUCCUGAGGAGCUGCCGCCUGGAGGACUUCCUGGACAAGAGCGCCUCGGGCACGGGCCUGGCCUUCAUCGUGUUCACCGAGUGCCUCCUGCACCUGCCGGUCGCGCCCGCGUGGGCCGUGCUCUUCUUCGGGAUGCUCUUCACCUUGGGGCUGUCGUCCAUGUUCGGGAACAUGGAAGGGGUCAUCACGCCGCUCCUGGAUCUGGGCGUGCUGCCCAGGUCAGUCCCCAAGGAGCUGCUGACCGGGCUGGUCUGUCUGGCCUGCUUUGCCUGCGCCCUCUGCUUUACCCUGCAGUCGGGCAACUACUGGCUGGAGAUCUUUGACAACUACGCCGCCUCCCUGAACCUCAUCAUCUUCGCCUUUUUCGAGGUCUUUGGGGUCGUUUAUGUUUAUGGGAUGAACCGAUUCUGCAAUGACAUAGAGUGGAUGACCGGGAGGCGGCCAAACCUCUACUGGCGCGUGGCGUGGAAGCUGGUUAGUCCCCUGCUGCUGCUGUCCGUCUUUGGGGCCUACCUCGUCCUCCUCGUCCAGAAGCCACUCAGCUACAAGGCCUGGAACCCCCAGCAUGUAGGUCCUUCUAUGAAGCCCUUCCCUGACGACCCCCUCCAUGGGCAGUGUGCCUGUCACCUCUGCCUGAGAAUGGGGGGCUCAGAAUGUAUACAGGACUGGGGCCCAAGUCGUCCAGGAGCUCCAGCUCCCUAGCUGACCCCCUGAGAGCCCCAGAAGCCUUGGGGUCCAGUCAUUGAUUUGGGGGAACAUAAUGGUUUCAUGUUCCUGUGACCUAAGCCU